CUGUAUUACGCCCAAUGAGGUCUAGGGGCAACUACUAGUUAAAUACCUAAUCCGUUCCGGCGGGGUUUUUGUUCCAUCUCUACAGCCCUUACGUAAGAGCGUCACAUGUCUCUGGGUUAUAUCAAUCGUUGUAUCAAUCGUUGUAUUAAUCGUUGUAUCAAUCGUUAGGGUGUUUGAAUCUGAAGAAAGUGGUCGACGCGUGUUGUCGUGGUGGGUGGGACAUGUCUGACGCGGUGGAGACCGUGAUCGUGGCUGAGACCACCGACCACGAACAGUCUCGGGGACGAUCGGCUCGCAACCCGACCCCAAGCUCCAAAGCACAAGACAAUCAACAAGCGGACGUCGAAAUCAUCGCAGCGACCAAGAAACCGACCAAGAAUACGAAGCGGACAACGCCAGCCGGAGGAGAGGAUGGAUUGGACACGAGCAGGAAGAGCAGCAAGUACGGAGACGCGUCGCUGGAGAUGAUGCAGAGGUUGAUGGAGCAGGUGGUAGAGUUGAAGCGGGAGAGCAAGGAACAGCAAGCGUCAAUCCAAGAGCUACAACACCAACACCAGGGAAGCCAACAGCAGAGCCAAGCGGCUGUUUAACCGCUGCAGCGGCUGCUCCUCGUAAAGCCAACAACAAAAGAAGGAGGCCCAGCGCUAGAACCUAUCGUGAUGUGACGUUUACUCCUCCUUUCCGUGCGCAUCCAUUACGUAUGCUCCCUUCCGUAUUAGGUAAACAAUUCAUAGCUGCCUGGUCGUGUGGGCUAUGCAGGUAAGACGUGCUGCUGGGAUCCGACAUGCAGCGGC